UGCAUUAGUGAGUAGAAUUCAGUGUUCAUGCCAUGACGGUUGCUAAGACAAUGAGUUUGUUUGUAGUGACUAAGGCCGUGAUUGUUAACCGUCAGGGUUAGAAGACGUUAGUACUGCAGGUGCCUCUCGUGCCAGUCAAGCAGAUGCUCUGGCCUCUCUGUUCCUGAGACAACUUCAGCUCUUCUCUGACUGAACAGUGAGCCACUCCUUGCUGCCUGCAUAUCGCAUCGGCUAACACUGGGAUGAGAUAUGGAGAUGAAAAUAUAAUUAUCUUUACCCUCAGUUUGCCGCCAUCUCCAUAAAGUGGAGCAAGGACUUUCAGUGUCUCACGUUUUAGACAAAAGAAGGUGCAGGUCCUUGUUUACACGAUGGCCCUCAAUCCGUUCAUGGUGUUCCAUCUUUUCCUGACGGAUGUGGCCUUGCAGGGUCACCCAGAAAUGCUAGAUCAGUCCGUGUACGUCACUUCCCCUAUGACGUGCGCGGCGCGCUGUCUGAGCAUUGACCUGUGUCAGGCGUUUUUCCUCAAGAAGUCUGAAGACAAGUACAGGUGUACUCCGGCAUACCGUCGCUUCGUUCUAGAGUUAGGCUACACCUUCAUCUUCUCAGAGGGUCAGGAUCUGUACCACGUGCAUGGAGACAAGUGCAAGCCAGAAAGCGGCCUGUACUGGUACCCGUAUCUCCAGUUCUGCUUCAUGUUCAGUUCCCAGCAGGCCACCUACAGUGUCGCCAAGCAGGACUGUGAGGCUAAGGGCUUUCGCUUAGCUGUCCUAAACACCGACCUCAAGUACAACAUGACGAGACUUCGCCUCCUGCACUUUUCAGAUUUUAGUCAGCAGUCGUACUUCAUUGGGGCGGAGAGAGUUCCUGGUCAAAACAACUGGACAUGGGUGGACGGAUCAGAUGUCAAGAACCUGGACUGGGCUCCUGGUGAACCCAGCGACGCCACAGAAAAUUGCCUUGAUCUUCUCGUGAUUCUUACGUUUCGCAUGAAUGACGAGAAUUGUGCCUAUAGCCUAGGGUACAUGUGUGAUGUACCGAAUCCAUAGCAUCGUAUCACCAUCUGUAACAUAACGUGGAGCCAUCAUCGACUCUCUUGUGGCCGGACAACUCCAUAAUAAACCAAGUCGACCCGAACAAUUUUAAUAUGAUGUAAAGGCAGUUCGACUCAGCCAACACUAAAACUGUCUUAGAGACGAUCACAGAUGACAGAAAUUUCUAGUCUUUUUUAUUAUCUUGGCGUGUUAAAUUUGGUCUCAGAAGUGUUGGAGUGAUAUGUAGUCGUGGUAGAAUCGUUCCAAUCAAUUUAAUUUAUAAAGAAGUUGUCCACUUUUGUUGUGACACUUUAUCUGAAGGCAUGUUUCUGUAUAGAAAACAAUUUCCUAAUCGCAAAGAAGCAUAUUUGAAGUCUGCCCACACAGAUACACACAUACCUGACACGCGCGCGCACACACACACAGUAUGUAUUCUAUCCCCUACGGACUUGUACAGUCUUACAAAGCAACUGACCUGAUGGUGUCUUUGCAGCAGAUUAUGUCCAUCUCGGUCACUCCUGCUGUCGCUGUUGCAAUCCUGAUGGGGAUGUCUGAGCUGCAGCUGGGAAUGAUAGAUCACCAGUACUCAAAGCUGUUCACCUCCCCGAGCUGUAGCCCAUCGUGUAGAUUUUGGCAAUGUUUUUGCCGCUGGUGUUGACCAUGACUUUGCUGGUCAGUUCUGGUCUUCAUUCCAUCUGCCUUUGCUGCUGGCGGUCGACUCAGAUCAGUGUCGUCUGUAAAGUUCAGAUUUUAUGAGGGCCUAUCAGCAAUGGAAAGGUAGAUGUGAUGGUCUUAAAGGGUUUAUUGAAAAACGUUGUACAUUACAGGUCACAAGGUAAGCCUUGGUGGACAGUCACUGUUAUCUGAAAGACUGUUGUCUCCUUGGUAUCUUGUCGGACACGAUUAAGUCCCUUCGCAUAGCAGGCUGAGGGUGACAAACUCUCCUGUAAUCUUGUCCCUUUGUUUAUAGAUAUAUUUUGACGGGAAUGUCAGCUAUAAAUAGCCAUGUUUAUGUGUUUGUUGACAUUUCUAGAUAUCGAUGAUGAUCGCCAUGUUUGCAUUUGCCUGAAGUGAGCUGUGGCUCUUUUCCUUUCUUUCUGCGUAUUGUCGUCAAAAGUAAGAUAUUAUCAUCAGAGGGAAUCGACUGUAACUGAAGGUCUCGGCUGUAGAAAACCACGGAUGUAGUCGUCUCUUAUAUCUACAGCUAUUUCACUUUGAAUUUUGUUUUCUUUGUAGGGAUUAGGAUAGAUGCACUUUUUUUUUUCUUGUAGAAAUUCCUCAAUGACUGACUUUAUAGAAAAUAA